AUGACUGCACAAAUUACUCCAUCCAAAAUGGCUGCAUCUGCCAUUGAGGAUCUCAAGAUGUCCUCACCCGUCAAGAAGCUCGACUUUGGCUCUGCCGAUAAGGAGAACGCUCCAGUCGAUGCCGACGCGUCAGUUUUCGAAGAGGCCAAAUCCCAAAAGCCAAUUGAGAAAGUUGCCCAAGACACCUACACACCACGAGCCGACGGCGCAAUCGUUGUCAACGGCGUUACAUACUACCCAGAAGGUGCAAAGAAGGAAGAGCUUGCUGUCACAGUUGCACCAGCUCUGCGACCAGAAGAGGCUGAUGAGCCUCUAUUGCAAGAGAACCCUCAGCGCUUUGUUCUUUUCCCAAUCAAGUAUCAUGAGAUCUGGCAAAUGUACAAGAAGGCUGAAGCUUCUUUCUGGACUGCCGAAGAGAUUGAUCUCUCCAAAGAUUUACACGACUGGAACAACAGACUCAAUGAUGAUGAACGAUACUUCAUUUCCCACGUUCUUGCAUUCUUCGCCGCUUCAGACGGAAUCGUGAACGAGAACCUGUUGGAGCGCUUCAGUGGAGAAGUUCAAAUUCCAGAAGCCCGAUGCUUCUAUGGUUUCCAGAUCAUGAUGGAGAACAUUCACUCCGAGACAUACUCGCUCUUGAUAGAUACCUACGUCAAGGAGCAAGCUCAACGCACAUACCUUUUCAACGCCAUCGAGACUAUCCCUUGCAUCAAGAAGAAGGCCGACUGGGCAGUCCGAUGGAUCCAGGACAAAAACUCCACCUUUGCUCAGCGUUUAGUUGCCUUCGCCGCCAUUGAGGGUAUCUUCUUCAGUGGUUCAUUCGCAUCUAUCUUCUGGCUCAAAAAACGUGGUCUCAUGGCUGGACUUACCUUUUCCAACGAGUUGAUUUCUCGUGAUGAGGGUAUGCACACCGACUUCGCAUGCCUCUUGUUCUCUCACUUGAACCACCGCCCAAGCAAGCAAGCCGUUCAAGAUGUCAUCACAGAGGCUGUCGAAAUUGAACAAGAAUUCUUGACUGAGGCUCUUCCAUGUGCCCUUCUCGGCAUGAACUCCAACCUCAUGAAGCAAUACAUUGAGUUUGUUGCUGAUCGUCUUCUCGUUUCCCUCGGUAACGACAAGUUCUACAAGACUGCCAACCCAUUCGACUUCAUGGAGAACAUCUCUCUUGCUGGUAAGACCAACUUCUUCGAGAAGAGAGUUGGUGAUUACCAGAAGGCUGGUGUCAUGGCUGGCACACAAAAGAAGCACGAAGACACCGAAGCUCAGACAGACGCCAAAGCAGAGAAUGGAGGAGACUUCAACUUUGAUGAAGACUUUUAA